GUGUGUGUGUGUGUGUGUGUGUGUGUGUGUGUGUGUGUGUGAGAGAGUUUGUGUGUGUGUGUGUUCUGUGUCCCAGUGUCUACAUGGGCCUCUGAUCCACAGUCUCUUUUUUCUGGCAACCGUGACCGUAAUCCUCCCAGCGUCAUCAAAAGAUGGAGCAUGGACCUGCCUCUAAGGUUUGGAGGAAGAAGUCCUGCUCCAGCACCCCAAGUGUCUCCUGCAGUGUUUGAGCUGAGGCUGGUGCUACUGGGAGGCAGCACAGCUGGGAAGAGGGCAGCAGCCAACGCCAUCCUGGGUACAGAGGAGUGUGGACGGCGUCAUAGCACAAACACUGUCACACAAACAUCCUCUGAGAGUCAGCAUAGCCAGAGCAGACAGGUGGAGGUGGCUGGGAGACGGCUGACUAUGGUGCAGACUCCAGACUGGUUCUGCGGUGGACUCUCUGAGACAGACACGAGCGAGGACGUGGGGUUCUGUGUCCGCCUGUCUGCCCCGGGACCUCACGCCUUCCUCCUGGUGGUUCCAGUGGAACCGUCUGAGGGGAAGGAGAGGGUGAUGCUGGAGAAGAUGGAGGACAUUUUUGGCGGAGACUGUUGGAGAUACACACUGAUCCUCUUUACCCAUGCAGGAGGCCUGGGAGAGAGGACUGUUGAGGAGUUGCUUCAGAAUAAAGGCAGCCUGGACCUCCAGCAGCUGGUAGAGAAAUGUGGUAACAGGUAUCACCUUCUCAAGAUUAGGGACAGGCCUGUUGAGACUGAGAUCUCACAGCUGAGAGAGAAGAUAGGGGAGAUGGUGUCAGGGAACAGACAGACAUUCUACAGCAUCGAGACCUACCAGGAGGCAGAAAAGCAGGCAAAAAAGAUAAAGAGAAGGAUUCAGAUAGAACGAGAGAAGGAGGAAAUAGAACUGAGGCGCCAACAACAGAGAAGAGGCUCGGAAAGUCAGCGAACUGGGCUAGAGGACAGACACAGAGAGGAGAUGGAGGAUAUGAGAGAGAGCUAUCGUAGAGAGGCCAGGGUGGAAGCAGAGGCGAAACUAAUGAAGAUCAUUCUGCCACAGCUACAGACGAACAUUGUGGACGUUCAAAAAAAACUGGAAGCACAGUUCCAGAAAGAGAUGGCGGCAAAGAACAGACAGUUAGACACACUUCUGGAACUGAUCGAGAGGCACAUGCUGGCUUCCAGGAGGGGUGACCCGGAGACAGAAAUGGAGGCAGGUACUGGAGAGGAAAAGGACCGGACGGAGAGAGUCGUGGAGAUAGAGGCCAUGAUGACACACGGACAAGAAUGGAGACAGGCAGACAACGUGCGGCUGAGACAGGAAAUGGUGAAGAUGAGAAAAGACAUGGAGAAACUAAGACAGGAUGUCACCAAUCUGACCCAAACCCAAGCUCUGCUGGCAAGUGGUUGUGUGAGGGACAGUGAGGGAGUGAACGAGUGAGCAUGGGGAUAUGAGGGUUACUGAAUGGUGUGUGUGUGUGUUAUGUACUUGUAUUGUUUGUUAGUGUAUGGUAUCGUUAUUCACAAUUUAAUUGCUUUCAAGUACUGGAAAAUGUGUGUGACAGUGUGUUUGUGUUUGUGUGUGUGAGAGACACUACUCAUACUAGAGAGAGAGAGAGAGAGAGAGAGAGAGAGAGAGAGAGAGAGAGCCUUAAUGACAAGCUCAGUGGGUGUAGUUUUUUGUGAAGGCAAUUGAUUAUGAACUAUUAUAUAUGACCUACCAAUACCGCUCCAUGAGUGGGAUUAAAAUGACUUUUAACAAUUUAAAAAUGUGUUU